AGGCCCAAAAGAGAGAGGCCCAAGAGAGAGAGAGGCCCAAGAGAGAGAGAGAGAGAGGCCCAAGAGAGAAAGGAGAGGCCCAAGAGAGAGAGAGCGAGGCCCAAGAGAAAGAGAGAG